AUGCACUCCAUAGCCUCGUCCGACGGCAUACUCGCUGCGGAUCAAGGGAGGACCAGUCCAGGGGCUCCCCCAUCUGGAGAAGUGACAAAUCCACGCAUGAUCUCCGGCAUUCGCCACCAUGGAAUUCAAGCUCGAGACAACCUCGUCCAUCCACUCAGCCUUUGGGCCGUUGAUGGGUCAUCAAGCUUCGAGUUUCCAGCAGAUUGGGACGUUGGUGUUCCCGCGGAUUCCCGCCCUGGUUGCCACCAACGCCAGAAUGAAAAGAUACCCAGCCAAUGUAUGACUUCAUAUUGCGAUCCUUUAUUUCCGGUUUCCGGUGCAAAAGCUGGGCAGGCUCCGACUGGCGACUCCUGGCUGAUCUACGCGACUAGCUUUCCCUGA